CUGACCCUGUCCUCUCUCCGUAGUGUUGAACAGUAGUGUUGAACAGAACAAACUGACCCUGUCCUCUCUCCGUAGUGUUGAACAGAGCAAACUGACCCUGUUCUCUCUCUCCAUAGUGUUGAACAGAGCAAACUGACAGCUGUCCCAUCGGCUGUUUCCCAGGGCUAACUCGGAAUAAUCACAACAACAAAAACCGAUUACAAGGAAAUGAUUAACGGUAGACAGUUGAAUUCAACGUUGACUAUCGUAACGUUACGAAAUUGCUAGCUUGUUUCGUGUAUCCAGUUUUUUUGUUUGUUUUCUUCCGCUAGCUAGCACGAAUCGGCUAACGUUAGCUAACAAAUCUCUUCGAAACCGCGUCAAACUUGUUAGCGUCGUUAGGCAUUUUUAUAUUUUGUUGUGAAGGAAGGACUUUACAAUGGGAUCCAGAGCAUCGACAUUACUGAGAGAAGAGGAGAUUGAAGAAAUCAAAAAGGAGACAGGCUUUUCCCACAGUCAGAUCACCCGGCUCUACAGUCGCUUUACCAGCUUGGACAAAGGAGAGAACGGCACGCUCAGUCGGGAAGAUUUCCAGCGGAUCCCAGAGUUGGCUAUCAAUCCUCUGGGAGACAGAAUCAUCAAUGCCUUCUUUCCUGAGGGGGAGGACCAGGUGAACUUCAGGGGUUUCAUGAGGACCCUGGCUCACUUCCGUCCUAUAGAAGACAACGAGAAGAACAAAGAUCCCACUGCCUCUGAACCUCUCAACAGCAGGACCAAUAAGCUGCUCUUUGCUUUCCAGCUGUAUGACCUGGACAGAGAUGAUAAGAUCUCCCGGGAUGAGCUGCUACAGGUUCUCAGGAUGAUGGUUGGUGUGAACAUCUCUGACGAGCAGCUGGGCAGCAUCGCUGAUAGGACCAUCCAGGAGGCCGACCAGAACGGAGACAACUCCAUUUCCUUCAAUGAGUUCAUCAAGGUUCUGGAGAAGGUAGAUGUUGAACAGAAGAUGAGCAUACGCUUCCUGCACUGAGACACUGAAUGGCUGCACUUCCUGACAGGACUGUCUCUCUGAUUGGCUGGACCUUUUACUACCACCACCACCAUGCCCGCUGGAACAAGACCGAAGCUGUGUCUCCCUCUCUCUCUGACCCCUCCCUCUAUCUCUGACCUCCUCCUCCACCAUACAGUACUAUGCUACAUCUCUGACCCCUCCCUCUCACUCUGACCCCUCCCUCUAUCUCUGACCCCUCCUCUCCAUACAAUACUAUGCUACAUCUCUGACCCCUCCCUCUCUCUCUGACCCCUCCCUCUAUCUCUGACCCCUCCUCUUCAUACAGUACUAUGCUACAUCUCUGACCCCUCCCUCUCACUCUGACCCCUCCCUCUAUCUCUGACCCCUCCUCUCCAUACAAUACUAUGCUACAUCUCUGACCCCUCCCUCUCACUCUGACCCCUCCCUCUAUCUCUGACCCCUCCUCUUCAUACAGUACUAUGCUACAUCUCUGACCCCCCCCUCCUCCACCAUACAGUAAGUACUAUGCUAUAUCUAUCUCUGACCCCUCUCUCUCUGACCCCCCUCCUCUCCAUACAGUUCUAUGCUACAUCUCUGACCCCCCCCUCCUCCUCCAUACAGUACUAUGCUAUAUCUCUCUCUGACCCCUCUCUCUCUGACCCCCCCUCCUCCACCAUACAGUACUAUGCUAUAUCUCUGACCCCUCUCUCUCUGACCCCCCUCCUCCACCAUACAGUACUAUGCUAUAUCUCUGACCCCUCUCUCUCUGACCCCCCCUCCUCCACCAUACAGUACUAUGCUAUAUCUCUGACCCCUCUCUCUCUCUCUGACCCCUCACUAUCUCUGACCCCUCACUAUCUCUGACCCCUCUCUCUCUGACCCCCCCUCCUCCUCCAUACAGUACUAUGCUAUAUCUCUGACCCCUCCCUCUCUCUCUGACCCCUCCCUCUAUCUCUGACCCCUCCCUCUAUCUCUGACCCCUCACUAUCUCUGACCCCUCUCUCUCUGACCCCCCCUCCUCCUCCAUACAGUACUAUGCUAUAUCUCUGACCCCUCCCUCUCUCUCUGACCCUCUCUCUCUCUCUCUCUCUCUCUCUCUCUCUCUCUCUCUCUCUCUCUCUGACCCCUCUCUCUGACCCCCUCCUCCUCCGUACAGUACUAUGCUCUUUCUCUGACCAAGGAUUUGUUAGAUAAGGUUAUAGUUUGUAUUAUUUAGUCUCUUGUCUGUUCUGCCUUGCACCGCUCUGUAAACUAAAGGGAAUACUUGCGUGCCUUGGGUUGUUUUAUGUUGUUGUCACCUCUACGGCUUCUCUCAGACGUUUGGUUUGGUCUCAAUGGUUUAGACCAUUCAAUGUUGAAAAUAGACUUGUGUUUAUUAGCAAGGCUCUGAGUUAUACCACCUUUUUUAAACCUAGACUUUUAAACCUAAACCUGUUUGUUAGAUGUCGUUCCAUGUAAUGGUAAAGUAUGUCUUUGUUAUUGUGAUGUAUUGUUAGCCAGGGCAGAAUUGAAAUUCUGCCUCUUUUAUUUAAGCAAACUUAUCAAUUCCAUGAUGAGGAAACAUGUUGCUGUUUUCUUUGUCAGUAUGAAUACACAGAUAUAUGACAUUUCACUCCAGUGACGUGCAUGGCGUUGUUAACGCUAACAAGAAUCGAUGUCCCUUCUUCUUCACUGAGCUACGACUUGUUUUUCUAAAACAAGGCUACUUCCUAAAUGGCACUCUAUUCCUUAUAUGGAGAAUUCAUUUUGACUGGGGGCUAUAGGAUUCCCAUAGGGCUCUGGUCGACAGGAGUGCACUAUGUAGGGAAUAGGGCUCUGGUCGACAGGAGUGCACUAUGUAGGGAAUAGGGCUCUGGUCGACAGGAGUGCGCUAUGUAGGGAAUAGGGCUCUGGUCGACAGGAGUGCACUAUGUAGGGAAUAGGGCUCUGGUUGACAGGAGUGCGCUAUGUAGGGAAUAGGGUGCCAUUUGGGACAGUACCCUGAACUGCCUCUGGCAAUUGGAGCUUGGCGUCUCUCACUAUUAAUAUACACAGACUCAAUUUAUUAUUAUUUUAUUUUUUAUUAUUAUUUUCGGUUCAUCAUGUUUUUGGCUCCCAUCUGUCAAUAUCAUACGGGUCAAAUGGGAACCAAAUGAUCAAGUUUUUAUUUGUCUUACGGGUGAACCUACCUAACUACUGCCAGUGACCUGGUCAUUUCCCAAAUAGCACCCUAUUCUCUAUAUAUAGUGUACAACUUUAGACCAGAGCCCUAUGGGUCUCAUAUCCCUCUAAUCCUGGGAAUACGGUGCCAUUUGGAACGAUCUUCAUUUUGGACUGUAUCAGACAUAGCCCUGACCCUCUCUGGUCUCAUGACUGUAUGGUGCAGAGGCUCAGGACCAGUAUAUUUACACACACACACACCGGUCUGUCCAUGAUCAAUAGAAGAUUAAGAGUCAUUGUGAAUCAACCUAGAUAUAUUGUAGCCUUGAAUUAAUAACAUAUACACUGUACAAUGUUUUUAAUUGUUUUGAUUAUCAUCAGGUUAGUUCCAGGUACUUCUGAUGGAGAGGUAUUGGGGGGGGGGAGCAUUAGAUUUUUUUUUCUGUUGUAUGCUUAUGUAUUUCAACCAGUAAAAUGUUAAUAUAUUAGAGUACAUUAAGCUCUGUGUUUGUGGGUCUGUCUUUUUAAAUUAUAAUGUUAUAGGUUCACCAGCUGCUCCUUGAUGCUGGAAGUAGAUAUUUUAUUUUUCAUCCGUUUUAGUUUUAUUAAUCAAAAAUGUGAUCAUCAGUCAAAUGUACUAUAAAUAUAUAUAUUUUAUCUUGUGAAAUGUUAGGACAAAAUUGUAAAAAUGGUUUUAUUGAUUUGAUUGAAAUGAAACAUAAGUACCAUGCUUGCUCAAAAUGAAAUGUUAUGUUUGUUUCA